GUAGGCAUAGAUGCCUCGCAAGAGGUCCUCUUUUAGGCUCAUCUGGUCGAACGUGGUGAUAACUGUCACCUCCUUGCUCGUCUCGAACACUGUAGUGGCGUCAUCCUCGCCGAGGAGCGCCUUACGCUGAGCUCUGGCUCUGUCUCCAUCUGCGCCAAUUCCUAGUCGCGCCGCCAUUUUCUUCCCUAGCGAGAGCUAGAGAGACACGUGUGAAAACCCCGGAAUUGUGUUCCUGACAUGGGAACGGGAUCCCGCAACAACGUGACGUAACCAUUACGUCAUCCGCAAAUGGGCUCGAGAUUUGGAAGAAUGGCAGAGAUAAUGACCAAGAGGAAGCCCACAGUGGUGGUUAUUGCAGGAACGACUGCAGUAGGUAAGACUGAUCUCUCACUGGAGCUAGCUCGUCGACUCGAGGGAGAGGUGGUCUCGGUGGACUCAGUCCAGGUUUAUCGUCAGAUGAAUGUUGGGUCGGCCAAGAUCGAUGUGGCCUCGUGUCCUGACGUGCCUCACCACUUGCUGGAUGUUGUGGACGUGUCGCAAUCUUUCAGUGCUCUCGACUACUACAAUCUAGCAGUUCCAGUCAUACAGGUUUCUUACCAGCUCACAAAUGGUUCACGGAGUUUGUUUGUUCACGAGAUAAUCUCUCACUCUUGCAUGGAACUAGACAGAGCUAUAAAACUGGGCUUCAUUUCACUAUGCAUACACUUACAUACAGUAGGCCGUGUUCCACUGGUGGUAGGAGGCACGGGGCUCUACGUCAGGACACUGUUGCAAGGUCCCAGUGGAGCCCCUGCUUCCACACCUGAGACCAUAGAGAGAGUGGAGGCAAUGGUGGCGGAGGAUGGACAGGACUGGGAGAAGAGUCUACAGAGACUGCGGGGACUGGACCCACAGUGUGCAGAGUCUCUGGAGAUGAAUGACUGGUAUCGCCUGAAGAGAGCUCUGGACAUAUGCACCCAGUCAGGCAGAACUGCAACUUCGUUCAAGAAAGAGCCAGAUGACUACUCCUCGCCGUUCCAUUUCAAGUGUCUGUUUCUGACGAUGCCUCGUGUUCUUCUGUGUCAGCGGAUUGAUUCUCGGUGUGAACUCAUUGUGGAACAGGGUCUCUUCCAGGAGGUGAUGAAUCUGGUCCACCAUCAUGGUCUGGUGACUGACACUCCAGCUGGUCGCAGUCUGGGGUACAGACAGGCACUGGAGUGGCUUCGAGACACGUGGGGUUUCCCAGACCAUGAUAGAACAGAACCGUACACUCCCAAGAUUCCUCGAGAACAGUUAAAGGAGUCUUUUUUGUCAUUUCUCUUCACCUACAAGGCCAGAACAAGGGCACUGGCCCAGCAGCAGCUGACCUGGCACAGGAAGGGUGGAAGGUUCACCUGGCUCAACAUGGCCCCUGGACCAGAGGGACGGAGACUAGAUGUUGGGGAAGUUGGAGAGAGAGUGACUCAGUGGCUAGAGAAUGACACUCCCUUUCCUCCAGAAUGGGAUGGAGCUUCGCUGAUGACACUGAGCAAGGAGGAGGUGCAGUACAUGAAGCAGUACUCUUCGCUGCACAGCAAGCCAGAGAUCUUCUCAGACCCAGUCAAGAUUGAGAUUCUGCUCGGGGAAAUUGAGUCGGCCUUGCAGAGAACGCUGGAACCAUGCCACACUAGCUAGUUUACCAUAGGUCAGUAUCAUUUGCGACAUUCUCAGUGAGGCAAGCGAUUGAACGAGACAGGGAGGAAGUGAGAAUGACAGAUUGGAAAAACGAACAAAGGGAGGAAGGUAUGUACGGUGUGUGUUAAGUUGCCGCGUGGAGCAGUUUUUCAUGGUGGAAUCUGGCCUGGUGAUUGGGAGUGAGGAGAGAAAACUGGAGGACGGCCAACACUGGGAAUUCGUACAGGAGCAGCUCGCGAGAAGACAGCCUGAAAUUGUCUGCAAUCUCCUGCAUACAGAGAGAGGCGAGAGGUCCAGAACAAACUUGGCUGCGAGCAGUAGGCAGACGCCGGCCACUGGUCUCCUCACCGACUUGUUCACCUUACCCUGUGUACGUGGACAGUGACACACAUGCCUUAUGGUGUAUAUAUACCAUGAGCACAAGCUUUUCAAAGUAGACAUAAGCGUAGGCCACAGCAGCCAAGUCAAGAUGUUGCUGAGAAACAAGAGUCCAUAAUGAGAAAAUGUGUUCAUAUCUGAGCCUACUUUACCUCAGUAGCCACUUCAUACAACUUUCUCUUGGUCCUGUAAGAGAAGAGAAGUUAAUCCAGAGUCUGGAGCAGACUCAGACAGUGGACAAGGAACACUGGUGACUGACUUGUCCAGUUUGGUAAGAGACAGCUCCACGUGGGGGUAAAUCUCUUUGAACCUGUCGUUCAGCCCUUUCUUGAUAUCUGCCUUCCUCGCAUACUCUAUGAUCGAUACCUGAGAGAGAAUGUUGAUCAAGUAAACCUAAAAUGGAGAAAUCGGACAUUUUCGGCAAUUUUUCAAGCAACUAACACAGGUUCCUUUAGAGCUAGAACCCUAGAAUCAGUAAGCGUAAGUCGAUCGGAAAAAUUUCUGCCAUAAAACAACUGAAAUGCCUAACCUGAAAAUAAUUUACACAAGUAAAAGAGGCACAUGGUACAGAAGGAGUUUCACCAGUGGACACAGUGUGCAUGAGCUAAACUUAAACUUUGUUAACUUGCCCGGUAGCCAGGUGGAGUGAGUGUGGUCGUCAUGGGGCUGGCAAACAGUUCGUCAUUGUUCAAGAAGAGAGGAUGGUAGCUGAGGAUGACGGCCAGUGGGGAGCGAUGGUCUCCUCGGAACACCGAACCGGAGUCCCCGCCCCCAAUCACCUCGGGGGUGACGAGGUAACGAGCGAGGGGGGUGGGGGUACUGCUCCGUUUCCCCUCGGCCACGUUCACCUCUGCCGACCUCCGGAUGCUGCCUCUACGGAGGAGGGCGGGGCCAUCAAGGUCAGAGGUCAGGAUGGGAACAUCUGGUGAGAUCCAUACGGAGUUCAGAAGAAAAGCCAGCGACACUUCCUG